CAACACAAUAUUCCUCCUAAACUCAACAAUGGCCAUCAUCAUGUUUUCCCUCUUCCUCCUCCUCCUCUCCGCCGGCUCCACCGGCGUCCAUUCAAUCGGCGUGAACUACGGCACCCUGGGCGACAACCUCCCCCCACCCGCGCAGGUAGCCCAAUUCAUCAAGGAGAAAACAAGCAUCGACCGCAUAAAAAUGUUCGACGCGAACCCGGACAUCCUCCGCGCCUUCGGCAACACGGGCAUCCUGGUGGCCAUCACCGUCCCCAACGGCGAGAUCCCCUCCCUGACCGACCCCAAAUCCGCCCGCCGCUGGGUCACCGACCACAUCAAGCCCUUCUACCCCGACACCCGCAUCAACUACCUCCUCGUCGGCAACGAGGUCCUCCACUGGGGCCCCCAGGAGCUCAUCGACAACCUCGUCUCCGCCAUGUCCUCCCUCCACAACGCCCUCAUCCUGGAAGGCAUCACCGACAUCGCCGUCACCACCGCCCACUCCCUCGCCAUCCUCGAGCCCUCCGACCUCCCCAGCCUCGCCCGCUUCCGCCCCGGCUGGGACGUCGCCGUCCUCGCCCCAAUGCUCGAGUUCCACCGCCAGACCAAGACCCCCUUCAUGGUCAACCCCUACCCUUACUUCAUGUACUCGCCCGACAAGGCCGACAUGGCCCUCUUCCGCCCCAAUAAAGGCUUCUUCGACAAGUACACCCGCCGCACCUAUGGCAACCUCUUUGAUUUCCUCCUCGACUCUGUCUACAUGGCCAUGAAGAAGCUCAGGUAUGCUGACGUCGAGAUUGUGGUCGGGGAGACGGGGUGGGCCUCGCUGGGGGAGGUCUUCGAGCAGCCCAAGUGUUCGGUGCCCAACGCAGCCGACUACAACGGCGGUCUAGUUAAACAUUUCGAUGCUGGGAAGGGCACGCCGCUCAUGCCGAAGAAGAGGUUCGUGACCUACAUUUUUGGGCUAUUCAAUGAGAAUCAGAAAACGGGUUCGCUCGCCGAGAAGAAUUUCGGGCUUUUCAGGCCCGAUUUUAGCCCUGUUUACGACGUUGGGAUCAUGCGGGCCGGGGGUGCACCUAAUCAGCCUAUCAAGGAUAUUCCGGCAGGUCCAGCAGUGACGGUGGGAAAGAAGUACUGUGUGCCCAAGUCGGAUGCGAGCGAUGCUGCACUUGAGAGCAACAUUAACUAUGUUUGCAGCCAAGGCAUCGACUGUGCCCCAAUUAAACCCGGUGGCGCGUGCUUCAAACCCGACACUCUCAAGGCCCACGCCUCCUACGUCAUGAAUGCUUACUAUCAUGCUAAAGGCCUCGAUGAUUUCAACUGUGACUUCUCCGGCAGUGCAGUCAUCAUCUCUACUGAUCCCAGUGACGCAUCUUGCAAAUAUGCUUCUUGAGAGAGCCCCCCACUUUUGUCGACUUAGUUUCUAGAAUUAGGUAUUUAUUUGUAACGAGGUUCAUUUGUACCGAGAAAGAAAUUAAAUGUCCUUAACAAUUAUACUAUUAUUCUGUUUGGACAAUUUAAAUGUGAUACAUUGUUGUAAUCUAUAGUUAUAAUGGAUUAAUUUGUUGUAAUAUAUCUGAUUAAAGAACGUGAUUUCAUUAGGCCCAUCGCA